UGGAGGGAGCCCACGAUGCGAUGCGUCGCCAGAGGGCGCUCGCGGCAGAAGACUGCCUGGCCCUUUGGGGCGCUCUCCCUGUUGGGAGCAGGAGGACCGUGGUGCCCCCUGGCGGCCACGCAGUGCGCCGGCGCUCGGAUCCCUGGACGUCUCCCCAGCGUCUUGCAAGAUCCUCCUGCUCUCGAAGCCAUUAUUAAAUCGAUCGAUGGUGCGGUGACCGCCUGCCUCUCUCAGGCUUUCAAACCCAGCCCCUGCCCGCCUGCCCGCCUGUGCAGCAUGCGGCCCGCGGCCCUUGGGUUCCCCCGCGUGCCCGGCUGGCGGCCUCUGCUGUGCCCGCUGCUCUUGCUGCCGCUGUCGCUGCUGAAGCCAGUAACCCGCGCUUGGACCAUUGCGGGCGGCGCCCCGACAGCGCUGGGAACACCCAACGCCACGACCAUGCCCGACGUUCCCAGUGCCCCCACCACGCCCAGCACCCUCAGGGCCCCGAGACCGGAGCGAGCGGAGGCCUUGAUGCGGGGCUUCCCACUGGUAGAUGGCCACAACCACCUGCCCCUGCUCCUGAGACGGCUUUUCCAGAACAGGCUACGAGAUAUUAACCUGUGCAACCUCAGCCGUGGCCAGACCAGCCUGGACAAACUAACAGAUGGCCUUGUGGGUGCCCAGUUCUGGUCAGCCUAUGUCCCUUGCCAGACCCAGCGAGAGGAUGCCAUCCGCCUCGCACUGGAGCAGAUUGACCUCAUUCGUUGCAUGUGUGCUUCCUACACUGAACUGGAGCUUAUGACCUCAGUCCAAGGUCUGAACAGCACUCAAAAGCUGGCCUGCCUCAUUGGAGUGGAGGGCGGUCUCUCACUGGACAGCAGCCUUGCUGUUCUGCGGAGCUUCUACCUGCUGGGGGUGCACUACCGGACACUCACCUUCACCUGCAACACGCCCUGGGGUGGAUGGACAGAGGGAUUGAAGAGUCCCCAGGCUCUGGUGGCCAAGGUGUGGCCCACUAGAUUGCCCUCCACUGGCUCUUCUGCAGGGCAGAGUUCCAUCAAGUUUGAACACCACUUCUUCACUGACGUCAGUGGGUUGUCAAGCUUCGGUGAGAAGGUGGUAGGGGAGAUGAAUCGCCUGGGCAUGAUGGUGAACUUGUCCCAUGGGUCAGACGCCUUGGUGCAUCAAGUGCUGGAGGUACCAAGGGCUCCUGUGAUCUUCUCCCACUCAGCCGCCAGGGCUGUGUGCAACAAUUUGCUGAAUGUUCCAGAUGACAUCCUCCAACUUCUUGAAGAAUGGUGGCAUUGGAAGAAUGGCGGCAUUGUGAUGGUGACGCUGUCCAUGGGGAUUUUGCAGUGCAACCUGUUUGCCAGUGUGUCCCUGUGGCAGGUGAGCCCCACCUCAACUCCGUGCGCAGUUCUAGCGCACGGAGUUGAGGUGGGUAUAGUCUGUGGCCACCGGGGUCCUCAGGACAGCUCCAGUGAGCUAGCACACCUGGUGGGCAUUGGGCGGACCUUGGGGAGUACAUACAGCUCUUCACGGCCACCAGAUCUGGACCACAGUCAGUGCUAUUACUUGGACCACAUCAAAGCAGUCAUUGGAUCCGAGUUCAUCGGGAUUGGUGGAAAUUAUGAUGGGUCUGGCCAGUUCCCUCAGGAGCUGGAGGAUGUAUCCACGUACCCGGUUCUCAUAGAAGAGUUGCUGAGGCGCGGCUGAAGUGAGAAGGAGCUUCAGGGUGUCCUUCGUGGAAAUCUGCUGCGGGUGGAGCAGGUGAGAGAUGAAAACGGUGGCCAACCUGCAAAGGAUGAAUUUCCAGACAGGCAGGUGGGCAGGUCCUGCCAUUCCCACCUCAAGACUCCGCUUCCGCAUCGACACCUGGCCACACACCUGGAUGUGAGCAGGCGGCCAAGCAAUCACCUCCAGAGUCCCCCAAAAGCUCCCGCAAUUGUCCUAGGCUUCCUGGCUACUGCCACCUUCUCAGCCCUCAUCCUGUGGCUCUGAUGACCUGGUCAGCUCCCCAGAGGUCACCUUAGGGGUCUGACAAAGUCCCCCUCCUAGUCAUCCAGGCACAAGCAUGUGCUAAGAAUAAACAUUUUAGGCAUGGAACCAGGUGUGAGUGUCCUUCCUCU